CCAGUCUGAAGCUAUGGUUCUACACAAAAUGUUCUUCGAACCAGCCCCUCCUCGUGCCCGCAGCUCAAUUACGUCAAUGGGCUUAUCGGCCGUUCGGCAAAAGCGUAUCUGUCGUUUGUCGUUUGUCGCGACCAUGUUUCCGAUCUCGGGUCUAAUCACGGCAUCUCCUGACAACAUUAUUACUAUACAUCCGUCUCCGAGCAUUCCUUCCUCUGACCAUGGACUGAGUCGAAGAUUUGCUGCGAGCUAGCUACUCUUCUCUCGCGCUCGUGGCCUGCUGGAUGUAGGCGGCCAAUUUUCUCCUCGAUCAAUACCCUCCGUUGGUCGAGCCGACGUCGAUGGGCGCAGUCGUGCCAGUCCGGUGACAUGGCUUGCAAUCCCCGGUGCUUGUACGAUCUCCCAAAUGAGAUAUUGGUGUCAACUCUUUCGGGCUUCGCGACUCAAGACCUCCUACCCCUGGUCGUGGUCUCGCGACGGUUCCAUUCCAUCAUCCUCAGAAUCCUACAUUUCCGACUCCUCCUCGCUGCGGCUCUACCGGACUAUAAGUUGAUCCUUGAGGCGUACCAUCCAAGCAAGCGAUACAGCGACCCUUAUUUGUUCUGCACGUAUCUUGGCACGGAUGGUCUCAGUUCAAAACAUGAAGGCGAGGGAAGCCUUUAUGAAGACUGUGACGGAGAAGAAGGAAGGCUUGCGAAAUUGGGUGGGCUUUACAGUCGGUUCAGACCCGAGCGGCCUGGGGUUCAAGGCUCAAUGCCUGCACGACGGAUUGCCGGUGCUGUGCUCAAUACCACAUCAUCCUCAACAACGGCAACAACUGGAACAACUGGAACAACGCCAAUCUAUGCCGAUGGAGGCGACGGAGGUUUCACCAAAGUGACGCACACCCUGAAUCUCGAUGCAGACGAGUUGUUCGGCCAGUUUUGCGCCUAUGCGAGUCUUGUGAGACUGGGCCCACGUAGAGGAGUCUUUCUAAGCAAUGUACACAUUGUGCGAUCGGGCCAAGGCGUCAUGCGAGUCUGGAAACAAUGGCUCCAGGAUCGCGCCCAGGAUUUAUGGCAACAAGAGCAAGAGACGGAGGACGUGCAGAUGGGUCCGACACCGACCAUGAGCUGCCCCACGAUAGGAGCGGACAAAAACAUCAUGUGGACGGACUACCGCAAGAAUGUCGGCCUACGCGUUGCAGUGCGUGAUCGGAAUGAAAGGAGCAAUGGGAAUGGCGGUGUCGAUUUCGACGAUUUGCCAAUGACUUUCACGAUAGAGAUCCAAGGUGAGUUCUCGCUCCGCCUUUAGCCCGGUCCAUCGGCCAACGGUUCCUGCAGAGCUGGUUGUGCGAACAACGCAUCUGAUGCUGGCGGUGGAGGCGUCCACGCAGCAACAGGGCAAUAUAUCAGGUAAAGCCCUUAUAUUUGGGAACUUCGCCACCGCAGCCUCGUCGUAAGGCUGGUUUUCUCGGGGGCACGUGAGUCUGCCUUGACUCCAAUGGCCUCCGACGUCCUCCUCUUCACCUAUAACCUAUAAGUUUCCGGAAAUCUCGAUCUCUGUCUGCCGUUGGAUUCUCUGCCGACAGCAGAAAACUCAGGCCGGGACGCUGACUAUGCCAUAGGGACAUCCGUGAGCCCCUUGGCGUUCCUGGCAUGGGUAGCCCGGACUGGGUAGAAUUGAUUUUCACAGAGAAUUGGGCACCAAAAGCUGAAAUUUGGAUGGCCUUGUACUAGAUGCACGAUGCAGACGCUUGGUGGUUUUCCUUGGACUCCCGCACAGGAAGGGAUCUCGAUUCCACCGCUUAUUCAUGCUGCAUGAUGGCCAUGAUUUGCUUGCUCGUAACCGGCUUUACCAGGGACGUUGGUGCUGUGCUGGUCUAGCCGAGCCUGCUAUCCGAGUUGGAAUGCAUUGGCUUCUUCCUGGUCGCUGCUGACUUUGCUGGGGCUCUUGCCUCCCUCUGCUUUGUGGUGUUUCGUAUUUUCUUCCUCCCUUCCAAAUCCAUCACUGUCAGCUCUCUGUCCCG